AGGCGAAGCUGGUCUUCUGGAUCGCGGCCUACGCGCGCUCUGGAUCGUCGACGGUGCUCUCGCUGACCACCAGCACGAGCUUGACGGCCUUCGCCCUCUUCGAGCCCUGCCACAGCGGAGAUCUGCUGGAACCUUACCUGGAGGCCCAGGGCUGCGGGGCCUUGCUGCUGCAGAUCGCGAGCUGCAAUUUCACAGGCAUCAAGAAGCUCUGGGGGUGGUCGAACGGCCACUCCAGCACGAACGGCGCCGGGAGCUACAGCCCCAGCAGGGCCGCGCAUGCGUGCGCGUCCGCCGACCUCGUCGCGUUCAAGACCAUCCCGCGGGGCCCAGACCCGUGCAGAAGCAGCAGCCCAGGGGCGUCGAAGAGGGAGGUGAGGACCAGGGGGGCUGGACCUCUGGAGAUCUGUGGCCCAGGGCAGCGCUGCGGGAUCAGGUGAUGAUGGGCCUGUUGAC